AUGUGGACAGAUUAUCCAACUCAUGGGCGAGUUCCAAGUCCACCGCCUUCAUUGCAGUUGUAUGAUGUUUCAGAGAACAAAUUAGCAGGAGAAAUCCCUUCCUCAAUAUGCAACUUGAGUUCCCUUACAGUUCUCAAUUUGAACAAGAAUGGUUUGGGUGGAACGAUCCCAAAUUGCAUUGGAAACUUGCAUGGUAAACUACCACAAAGUUUUGCUAAAGGGUGCACGAUGAGAGGUUUUCGCAUCAACAACAACCAAAUUGAAGGGUCACCACGAUCUUUGAGUCAUUGCAAAGAUUUAAGACUUCUCAAUGUCGGGAACAACGAUUUAACCGACACUUUCCUGAAGUGGUUACAAAGUUCGGAUCAGCUACAAGUUCUUAUCUUGAGAUCGAACAGAUUCUACGGUCAAGUAGAUGAAUCUGAUGUCGUGGUUUCCUUCACUCGUUUGUGUGUCAUUGAUCUUUCUCACAAUAACUUCAGUGGCUACUUACCUACAAAAUUCUUUGAAAAUUUGCAUGCCAUUAGAGAAGGGGUGAAAAUGGAGUACAUGAUAGAUAGAACGACAGAUGGAACGAUGUCUUAUGUGGAUGGUCCUAUCCCGUCUUCAUUUGGUGAAUUGUCAGAACUUGAAUCAUUAGAUCUCUCAUCAAACAAGCUCCAUGGAAAAAUUCCAACAGAGCUGAAAAAUCUUGGAUUUUUGGCAGUGUUAAACCUUUCUCAUAAUAAUCUCACCAGACUCAUUCCUCAAGCCAAAUUUGAUAGAGAUGAUGAUGAUAAUGAGGAAUUGGAAGUUUUCUGUACUGAUUGGGUAUGGAUGUGGGUUAGUGUUGGGACUGAGCAUGGGAUAUAUUCAUUCCGGGUUACUCUGUCUACAAAUCCACCCAACCUCUACACUGAUCAGUCCACCCUUUUAGCCUUGAAAUCUCAUAUAACUCAUGAUCUGCACAAUCUCCUAGCAACAAACUGGUCCACUUCUAUCUCUGUUUGUAAUUGGGUCGGGGAAACAUGUGGAUCCAGACAUCACAGAGUCACUGCUAUGAAUUUGUCAACCAUGGAUUUCACAGGCACCAUCCCAUCUCAAUUGGGAAAUCUAUCUUUCCUUGCCUCGCUCGACUUCCGUCACAGUAGCUUCCAUGGCUCUUUACCAACUGAGUUAGCCAAUUUGCAUAGGCUGAAAUAUUUGAACUUCGGUAGCAACAGCUUCAGAAGGGAAAUCCCAUCAUGGUUUGAUUACUUUGCUAAACUUCAAGGCUUGUGGUUGUACAUGAAUAACUUCAACGGUGUUAUCCCGUCCACUCUAGGCAAUUUGUCGAAACUAGAAACGUUGAGCUUGUACGACAACAACUUCAAAGGACAGAUUCCUAUAACGAUGGGAAAUCUUUGA